AUGGCAGAUCCUCAUAUAGAUACACCUUGGCAGUGUCUUCUCAGCAGUCACAGUGAUUGUGCUUUCAUAACAACAAUGGGGUUUGAUGCUCACUCAUUUGAUGCCAUCCUUUCUGCAGGUUUUGAGAAGAUGUGGUAUGAAAGGCCCAUUGUGCGUUUUGAUACUAUUGGAGGAGGAAAAUCACGACCUGGAGGUUGUUCUUUGGAUGCUGCUGGGGCGCUAGGAUUGGUUCUCCACUAUCUCAAUUCCACCAUGUGUGAGGUUAGCCUGCAACAGAUCUUUGCACUUAUUCCAUCCACUGUCUUGCAAUACAACCACUUUGGGCUUAACAUCUUGUUAGAAACAUUGCGUAACAUGCCAGACACAGCAAUAACAUGGCCCAAGGGUGCCAAAUUUGAGGAGAAUACUUCUUUGUUGACUCAUCUUGUUUUUUCCAAAUGCCUGAUCAUUGCUGCAAACCUGAAUGUCCCUGGGAGUUGGCAUGAUUCUUGGGUUGCUCAACCUAUAUACAAGAAACUGAGGACAAAGAUGCCAGACAAGUACUAUCUAGUUGCUGACACAGCUUUUCCUCGCAGCACAACACAGAUUUCUGGACGUAUAUGUGCUCCUAUUAAGGCUGGUCAGCAUAUUCCAGGAACAAGAGAAGAUGUGGCAGAGAAGCUGGCAUUUAACCGGGAGCUCCUGUCUUAUUGCCAGACAGCUGAGCUGGUGGGUAUCAACAAGAUUAAGAAUGUGUACAUGAAGGAGUGGACAAGAGGUGUUGAUCAGGAGGAGCUUUGGAGGAGCUUUGAGGAUAUGUUGUUUUCGGACAAUAAAAAAGAUUGCAUCUCACGUUUCCAUAUUGUUGCUAGUUAUGAGUGA